AUGGUUCCUUGGCCCACGAGUUCUGCUGCCAACUUGUCACAACUACCACAAGAGGCAGGAGCUAAAAUGAUCCUACCACCUAAAGCUUAUUAUGCUACACAUGAUACAAUGCCACCGUUACAUCAAGUGAUCAUGACGACGUCUAGGCAAAAUGUUAUGAAGGAGGUAUACCAAGAUGCAGACUAUAAAGUCUCUGGCAAACGAGGGAAUGGAGACCAAACCUUGUCAAGUCCUCGACCACCGAAGCACCAUCGGCCUUCUGCGUAA